AUAAUCAAGUUGCACUGUAUAAAUUGUACUCAAGCGCGGGGGAUGGGGCGCUUAAGUCGGGAUGGUCGAUUGCACUCGUCCUAUCGACAUUGCUGAUACGUAAUGGAACUCAAUGGAAAUAAUUUCCCCUCCCCUUAUGAAUAUUAUUUUUUUCACAAAUUAUUUAAUCACUGAAAUACCAACAGUCCGUUCGUGCUACUACUGUUUUGCACUCGCCAGUCUGCACACAGGCUUUAAUUUGAAAUGUGUUUUGAACGAUUUGGUCUUCCAUGGCCACCGUCACGUUUAGGCACGCCGAACUUAAAAGCUUUGCAGGAAGAAAAGUUUGUGUAGACAGUGCGAAAGUGAAGCUUUGCUUUGUGUCUGAUCGCAAAGGCGGCCCAGCGUUUUUGCACAGCCGUCUGUCCGUCCGCCCGCGCGCCUGGGCUCGCGUUCGGAUUUGGAACACGCGUUGGCCCCCGGGCCGUUCCAUUCGCUCCCCUGUCCGGGUGCCUCGCCAUGCUCGAGCCGCUCGCUCGCUGGCUGCAGGUGCUGCGAGGCAGGGAGUUGCUGUUCGGAGGCAGAGGUCUCUCUGACCCUGCGCUCGUUGCAUUGCCCGCGGUCGCUCUCAGCCUGCUGGUAGGUGUGGUGCUGCUGGUUGUUGUUGUUAUUGUGCAGGGUCGAGGCCAUGCUGCUGUCAGCAGGCCCCUGCCGAUUGACGAGCAUUUGCUGCUGGAGGCAUCCGCGGCUUCUUGGAAGAAACCGCGACAACACGAGGAGCCAAAGAAGAAAAGGAGGAAGGAGAAAGCGAAGGAACCAGUGAAUGGACACCCUCUUUUUUCAAAUGGCAUACAGCUGCUUGCCAUGGUGGAAACUAAAGGCUCACAAGCUCCUGAGAAGAAAGCUUUUAAGGCCAAAAAGAAAAAACAACGAUUAGAUGAGAGAACUAACGAUCAGAAUGUUACAGGAAGGAGAGAAAAAAAUGAGGAAGAAGCUGGAGACUGGGUCACAAAAAUCAGUAAUCGAGAGAAACGUCAGCAGAGAAAGGAGCGGCAGAAGAAGAAAUGUGAUGUGAAUGAUUUUGUUGAUGCAAAUAUUUCUCUUUAUUCUGGUGGCAGCAGGGCUGCAUCAAGAACAGUGAAGGAUCACAGGGGAUCAGAUGAUCAAGAAGAGACCAUUGCAUGGAGUGCCCCACCUGAUUCUCCAGGUGAUACAGCAGACAGCUGGAAUGAAGCAACAGAAAAGGCCAUUGUUUGGCACUGUGCAGGGGGUGGGGAUGUGGGCACUGUAGGCUGGGGAUCCUCAGACAAACCAGUGACCACCUCAGGCUUGGGAGCACCGCCGAAGGAUUUGAGCAACAGUGGAGCCGACUGGGAAAUUGCAGAUUCUGUUGAGAAGGACAUUUUUUCCAAUAUAGGAACAUGGGAUAAUAAGGCAGGUGUAAAAAGUCCUCCUGUGAUCUUUGGAGCCUUUCCUGAUCCUCCUGAAACUAUUACCUACGACAAUAUAUCAUCUCAAGAUAGUCCAGCCAGAUGUCACUUGAGUACCUCACUUUCAUCUCCUGUAAUUGAUGAAGCUUGGCUCGGACUAGACGACCCCUUUGCAGUUGACCUUAACUCAGAUUGGAGUCCACCAACAGAGGAAUGGGGCAACUGGACUGGAGACAAAAUCUUAAUAGCUCAAGAAGCUGAGAAAGAGAAACUGAAGGUGUCCGAAGAGGAAGAAGAAAAAUCUCAGGUGAACCCUGCUGGCAGUGGGAGGUCAAAACGAAAGAAGAGAAAAAAGAAAGGAAAACAUGUAGAAGAUUCGGUUGAAAGUGAAGUGGUGACACUGGAGAAACCCAGUUCUAAAUCACAUAAAGAACCGGAAAAAACUCUUCCAGUAACUGCUGAUUCUUCGGAGGUCCAUUUAAUUCUAAUGGAGGCAGAAACAAAUAAGCUCCGAGAUGGUUCACAAAAUAAAUUUCUGGCAGAUGUGGAUCCGAAGGAAAUGUCGCAAAGAUCAGGAAUUGAAAUGGAACAGUGCUUGACAGAGAUUGCUCCUUCCAGUCGUGGAGCCAGCACAUCAUCCAAUAAAAAAAAUGACUGUGCCAAAACAGAGAAGAGGAAAAUGAAAGCCAGAAGAGAAACCUGAUGCAGCCUUUUUUUAUUCAUGCAAUGGUUCAGAUUUUAAUACUGAAAUUGUCAUCAGUUACUGCUAAGUACAGGCAUUCUGCUGCAGGAAGCAAUGCGCUAAAUCCAUAAAAUGAAAAAGGGACUAAUAAGUAAGAAACUCUGAUGUAGUUAUGGAAGCCACAAAAGGUGUUGGUAAAUGCAAGUGCUCAUUGUUACCGACUGGUAACAGUCAGCCACAAAAGGGAUGCAUUGUCUCUGUACUCUGUCAAGUUUUCUAUUCUAACGCAACAUAGAAUGCAAAGUAGCUUUUCCACUUCCAAGCAGCUGUGAUUUAUGGCAGUGUAAAAUGUUUUUUUUUUUUAAUUUUGCAUAUUUAAUUAAAUUCAAUUAUAAACUGCUCUUGAUAUAUUCAAGAACAGAUGUUUUGUGUCCUAUUGUGAAAUUGUACUUUUGAAAUAACUGUGUCUUAAAUCAUAAUACUGGUUUCUUAUAGACAGGAUGGAACUAAAAUGUAAUCUCUCAUCACUGCAUUGAGCUGGACAUAUGGAUUUGCUUCCAUACCAAAAACAAAGCCUGCCAUUUGUCCAUUGUCAGUUCAGAGCAAUAUAGCACUUCAGAUAUUACUCAGUAAUCUUGCUUGACCAGAUUUAAGAUUUAAGUAAUAUAAUUUUGCAUCUUUUGGGAUAAAAAUGCACUAAAUCCUUUUUGCAAAACGUGCAGGGGAACAUGCCAUAGAACACACCCCUACCUACCCUAAAUCUGUAGUGCCAUUUUGGCCAUGCUGUUGAUCAUUUUAAAUUUGUUUCUUUGUCUUUAAAAGUGCUCUAUAUCAGACUGUUUUAGUUGUAAAGCUUAUGUAAAACAAAGAGAGAAAUAAUCUGAGACAACAGAAUAGUAAACACAGCAGAAUAGAUCACAAAGACUGAUCAUCUGAUUAAGUGAUUUGACACUGGACACCACUCAUGUAAGUGCUUUUUAUACUAAUCAAAAGUGAAUUUUAAGUUGGUAUUAUUUAUUGACUGUAGUGUAAUACCACCAUUUCUAGGGAUUUAAAGCACAGAGUUUUAAAGUGAGCAUGGAAAUGUGAUCUUUUAAAACACUUUGCUAGAAAUCUACCAUGUUCCUGAAUAAAGGUAGCAGUUGUAAGAAUUAAUCAGGUUGGUCAUUGGAAACUUUUAAAAUAAUACACUUUUUCACAGCUUUGUUGUUCUGACAUGUCACUAAUUCAAAAUUUAACACGGUCACUUUCAUAAAUUAUAAGCUCAAGUUGUAGGCACUAAGCCUUACAAUAUAAGUAUAAUGGCCUACAUUUUGACAAUUGAAGUUCAGCCAGUUUGUGUGAAAUUUCAACAAUUUGACACAUGCUAUUUUCCAAUACCAUCCAGUGUGUUUACUUAAUGGCUGUCGAUCAUUUCUGUGACAAAACAGUGCAAUCUCCUGAGACAUGUGGCCUUAGCAAAAAGAAGGAUAAUUAUUUAAACAAGUGGGAUUUACAUUUUAGUUGCUGUGACUGAAUCUAUGUCAAUGGUGUGAGAAUUUAAUAAAAUAAAAAGGCAAUCCAGCAUAAUAGACCAUAUACGAGGCAAAGGCACACCGAGCAAUUUACCUUACAGUAAUUAAAUCAGCACUAUUAAAUCAGCACUUGUAACUUUCCUAUGGGUUCAUAGUUUGUAUUAUUUGUGAAUGUAUUUAAUAUUAGGCAUAAACCUAUGGUAGAAUUUCCAUUUAUUUGAAAUAAAAUGAAUUAAAGGGCAAUAUGAAGUCAAGCCAACCUAUUGUUUAAUGUGUGGCCUGCUAGUUUUAUACAACCAAUACCUCCAAAGCCAGUUUUCUUAAAUAUAAUAUUUACUCUUUGUAAACAGUGAAACUAUCCAUAUUUAUUGAGGUGUUUGCUACAGUUGCUCUCCCAUUACAUGUUUUUAAUCUAUCAGUGAUUAACAAUAGCAAGGCCCUCCAGCUCUGACUUUUUACCAGGUCAUGAAGUGGCCAUAUUAGCCUUAAUGUUGACUUAACAAUUUUAUAGAAGGUUUAAAAACAUUCACUAUUGUUUAAAGCAGUAUUUGCUUCCCUUUUAUAACUCAGUGUUUUACUUUUUGCCCUCCUGCAACAGCAAUGGUUUAUAUAGGAUUAAUAUGAUGUUGCAUCUACAUUUUUAUUUUUCAUGAAGACCACAUUUCUUUCAAAAUAUCUGACUUCAAUCUGUUAUGGAGAUCAAAUUUAUGUAUUUUGUGCUUAGUUCAGCUCCUGGCUUUAAAAAAAAUAAAAAUCUUGAGCUGCAAUUAUGUUAUAUCAAAUAUUGAACAUGAAAUGUUAUUGUA